AUGAAUCUCAGGGAACGACAGCGAGCUCACCGAGAGAAGAAAAGGGAGCUGCAGUCCAAGAUUAACGAGCUCAGUGGGCAAAGUCAGAAUUACAAUUUCACCAAACUACGAGCGAUAAGUAUUAAAGAGCUUCAGAAACAACUGGAGAGUUUACAGUCGCAUGGCCAACAACCCGGAGAAGGGGGUAGCAGAGAUUCGACUAUGGAAGGAAGAGAUACGGAAGGAGGCGAAGAAGUUGAAGGCGAAGAAGGUGAAGGUGAAGGUGACGACGACGACGAAGGUAAGCGCUUUGAUGGCGACCAUAUGGCCUGGGAGGGAUUACAGAACGACUUGGAUGAUAUGUUCCCGCCUUCGUGCUUCCAAGAAGGUAACGCCUUGCCUUAG